AUGCUUAGCACGGAGCCAGACGAUGCGAAAGCAGACUACGUCCGACUGGCACAGUAUGAGCUCCGGGAUGAGCUUGGUAGUGGACAAUAUGGUGUAGUACGCGCCGUGCGUUGCUCCGAAACAAACAAAGACUACGCCAUGAAAAUCAUCAGUAAACGCCGUCUGAUGAAAAGGAAAAUAAACCACACCAAUUUGGUGAAACUGGUUGACGUACUUGACGCACCAGGCGAUGGCAUGCUGUACAUGGUGUUUGAACUCCUCCCAAAUGGCGAAACUCUGAGGAUACCAAGCGAAGAGCCUUUAUCGGAAGAAAAGGCGAGGAGUUACUUUCGCGAUACACUGCAAGGAUUAGACUACUUACAUUACCAGUACAUCAUUCAUCGCGACAUUAAACCGGCAAAUCUACUUCUUGAUGCGAAUAAUAAUGUGAAGAUUUCCGAUCUAGGAGUGAGCGUUGAAGUGGAGGACUCCUAUCUCAUCUCAGGACAAGUUGGAACUCCCGCCUUUAUGUCUCCAGAGCUUCUCAAUCCAGAUAGCGGGAAACUGUCAGGAGUUUGCGUCGACUUGUGGGCCUUAGGCGUGACGCUCUUUGCUUUCUUAGCUGGAACCGUUCCAUGGAAUGAUAUUACCUCAAUCGGAAUACUAAACAAAAUAAUGACCCAACCGCUUAACUUCUCGAGCAUUAAUCCUCCAAUUUCACGGGACUGCGAGGAGCUCAUACAGCAAAUGUUAUCGAUCGAUAUGGAUGAAAGACCGACAACUGAUUCGCUCUUCAAGAACAACUGGGUCCUGGCAACAGGAGAACUUGGCGCCCGCUGUCACGAGUAUGUCGAUGUCACAGAUGAAGAUGUUAAUUCUUCCGUUACCACAGUCCCAAAGUUGGAAACACUCAUCAUGGUGAAGCAAAUGCUGAAAAGACAUAGUUUCCGGAACCCAUUUACUCUCAAUCGCCAAACAUCACAGUUCUAA